AUGCGUUCUCUUAAAUCAUCCCUCUCUUUGCUGGCCGUCGGGGCUCUUCAGGGCGCAUCAGCCUUGGACGCCGCCGGAUGGCGCAACCAGAGCAUCUACCAGAUCAUCACCGACCGCUUUGCCACCUCAGACGGCUCGACGCCAGCAUGCGACACGACCCCGGGCUUGUACUGCGGUGGUACGUGGAAGGGCAUCACCAGCAAGCUGGACUACAUCCAGAACUUGGGUGCCACGGCCAUCUGGAUCUCGCCCAUUGUCAAGAACGUAGAAGGAAACAUCAACGGAUACGGAGAGGGCUACCACGGCUUCUGGACGGAGGACAUCUACUCGAUCAACCCGCACUUCGGCACCGAGGCCGACCUGAAGGAGCUCGCCGACUCCCUCCACGCCCGCGGCAUGUACCUGAUGAUCGACGUCGCCCCUAACCACGUCGGCCUGAACGAUGACCCCGGCAACUACGCCAAGUACAAACCGUUCAACAAGCCCGAGUACUACCACAAGGAGUGCCCCAUCGCCUGGAACAACAUCACGUCCGAGCAGCUCUGCUGGCUCGAGGGUCUGCCCGACCUGCGCACCGAGGAUGCCUACGUCCGCCAGGUCUACGCCUCGUGGAUCAAGGACCUCGUCGCCAAGUACUCCAUCGACGGCCUCCGCGUCGACACGGCCCUCGAGAUCGAGCCCGAGUUCUUCAGCGAGGGCGGCUUCCGCGAGGCCGCCGGCGUCUUCCUGCUCGCCGAGGUCAGCCACUCGAGCCUGGACCUGCUGGCCCCUUACCAGGGGGUCCUCGACGGCAUCCUGGACUACAACGGCUUCCACUCGGUCUCGCCGGCGUUCGGCAAGGUUGAGGGCGACCUGGAGGCGCUGUACCAGAGCAUCAACAAGAUGGCGAGCACCGCCAGCAUCGACCCUUCGGUCUGGGGCUCCUUCGUCGAGAACCAGGACCAGGUCCGCUUCGCCAACCGGAACAGCGACGUGGCGCUGGCCAAGAACCUGUACUCCCUCGUCAUGCUCCGGGACGGCAUCCCCAUCGUCUACUACGGCCAGGAGCAGCACUUCAACGGCGGCGCCAACCCGCACAACCGCGAGGCGCUCUGGCUGGGCGGCUACGACAUCCACUCGGAGCUGUACGGCUGGAUCCAGCAGACGAACAAGGUGCGGGUGCACGCCGCCGCGGCCAACGCCGAUUUCCUGACCCGGGAGCGCACGCGGGCCGUCUUCUCGUACGGCAGCAAGGACAGCAGCCGCGUCAUCGCCCUCCGCAAGGGCCAGCUCUUCUCCAUGUACACCAACGGCGGCGUCGCCGCCACCAACAACGUCAUGUUCGCCAUCGCCCGAAACGUCCACGGCUUUGCCAUCGGCUCCGACGUCGUCGACGUCAUGAACUGCGAGUCCUUCCAGGUGGCCUCCCACGGACGCCUCUGGGUGCAGAUGCCCGACGGCGGUCUCCCGCGCGUGUUCUUGCCCAAGGAGCAGGCCGAGGGGCUCUGCAACGACGUCAAGGCGCCCCUGGCGAGCGCCACCAUCAAGGUCGGCGUGGACAAGAACACGGGGUACAACAAGCGGUCGGUGCCGUUUGUGGCCACGGUGCUGGAGUAG